UGUGGAAAAAAUGAUGAUCUUUCAUCGAGAAAAGAUGCAGGAUAUGGUUCGUCCUGAUGAUAUUAUGAGGGGGGAUUCGAUGUUAGUCUCCAUUCCAAAUUAAUUUUUAUUUGUGCAUAUAUAUAUAUAAAGAUGAUUUUUAAGGUGAUAGAUUUUAUAUACGCGGUUAGAGAAACGUAGUUGUGCUGUUAGUGAGGACAUGACGAAAGGAUCAAUUUUAUUGUUCGCUUUGUUGAUGACUGUCGUCUCAUCAGAAGACGUCAGAUUACUCGACUUAGACCCACCAGAAGCCCAACAACAGAUAGAAAGCCACGACCAAUCGCUUCAUUACGCCCCGAAAAUAGAUUCAAAUGUACCAGCGGUCAGAUACAUAGGCAACCAACCCCAACAAGUACUCGAAGACAUAUAUUUAGCCAGACAAUACCACGGCCAAGACGGAUUAGGAGGUUACCUAUACGGCUACAAUAUACCCGAUAUAGCGAAAACCGAAAAAAAAGUAGCAGGAGGUGAUUUAACAGGAGCGUAUAAUUAUAAGGCUGAUACAGGAGACGAAAUCAAAGUUCAAUAUUGGGACGAUGGUACCGGUUUCCAUCAAGUAGACAACGUCGGGGAUAUUUUGAAAUCGAAACAAGUACAAGACACACCCGAAGUACAAUCAGAAAAAGAAAAAUUUUUCGCCAGAUGGAACGAGGAAGCCAUAAGAAAUCAAAUACCAGUUAGCGAACCGGUUAAACCCGAGUACCAAGGUGUUUAUCAACAUAACCAACAACCAGCUCGGAAUUAUCAAUCUAGCGGUACUAGUUAUUCGCAAGGAACCCCCAAUCGAAUCGAUUACGAUGGGGCGUACAGUGAAAACCGAAAUUCGUAUUCGAAUCCAGCACGAGUGGAUCAGUACCAACAAAACUAUGAUAGUUCCGGGCAGUACGACGAAAAAUCGGAGGAAAACGGACCUCCGAAAGGAUUUUUUUAUAAUUUCGAGUAUCCUGUAGGGAAGAUUGUUCAAAAGGAAGGUACAGUUGGGGAUUUGCACGAUAUUUAUAGCGCCAAUAAGAAUAAAUAUGAAGGACAAUUAAACGCAGCUUAUCAUCAAUAGUUUUAGCCUCAAAUUGUGUAUAUAAUUCGAAAAUUAUUGAUAAUAAAUACAAAUAUGGA